AGUUCUUGUCGAUACAUGUUCCUCCUACCUUUCUUCUUUGCCCUGGAUUAUCACGCUAACCAAACAGUCCCUCAAAUUGAUCAGACUGUCUAGACACAGAGUGGUGUGUUAGUCUUGCCGGGGAGUGCAGAACCAGUACUCCAGUCUCCUCCGGGUAAGAACCUUCAGAUUCCCUUCUCAAAUCACAUUUUCUAAAACCUAAAAUCUUCAAAGUUCAAUAUCUAUGUUGUUGUACAAAACCCCAGGCUAAGUUGUAAAAUCCUUCCAUUUGCCCCACACACCUUUCUUUUUCACCAGCAACAGGUUUUACAGUGACCCAAACACAACCACAAAUCGAACUUUUUAUCACUAGAACCCAUUAAAAAUUGUUUCUUUCUUUAUCAUAGCUAUGUGGGUCUCUGCAAACCCUUCAAUUUCUAAUAUUUCUUCGCUUUCUUUUAAUUCCCACCAAAACCCAUUUCGCAUUUUACCCCAUAUCUGUCUCCCAUGUGUUCUAUCUCAAUCUUCGCAAACAACCCAAGUUUAUUGUGGUGUUCGUGAACUCCGAGGGCGGAUUGAUGCUAUAAAAAAUACCCAGAAAAUCACUGAGGCUAUGAAGCUCGUGGCGGCCGCAAGGGUUCGACGAGCUCAAGAGGCUGUAAUCAAUGGCAGGCCCUUCUCGGAGGCCCUUGUAGAAAUGUUAUACCAUAUCAACGAACAGCUUCAAUUAGAAGACAUAGAUGUUCCUUUAACAAAUGUUAGGCCUAUCAAGAAAGUUGCCCUUGUGGUUAUCACUGGUGAUCGGGGUCUCUGCGGCAGUUUCAACAACUUAGUUGUCAAAAAGGCUGAGACCCGGCUCUCCGAAUUAAAGAAUCUUGGAUUGGAUUACACUGUGAUCAGUGUUGGCAAGAAGGGUAAUUCAUAUUUCAGGCAUAGGGAUAAUGUCCCGGUGGAUAGGUUUAUUGAAGGAGGGAGUUUCCCUACGGUGAAAGAAGCUCAAGCGAUUGCAGAUGAUGUAUUUUCGCUUUUUGUCAGUGAAGAGGUUGAUAAGGUUGAGCUAGUGUAUACUAAAUUCAUGUCAUUGGUUAAGAGUGAUCCUGUGAUUCAUACAUUGCUUCCAUUGUCCCCUAGAGGAGUUGUUUGUGAUGUGAAUGGAAACUGUGUUGAUGCCAUGGAGGAUGAGUUCUUUAGGUUGACAACUAAGGAGGGGAAGUUUUUUGUGGAGAGGGAGAGGGCUAGUGUGAGGGCAAAGAUGGAGUUAUCGCCACUGAUGCAGUUUGAGCAGGAUCCAGUUCAGAUUCUUGAUGCCAUGAUGCCUCUUUAUUUGAAUAGCCAGAUUUUGAAGGCAUUGCAGGAAUCACUGGCAAGUGAGCUCGCCUCUAGGAUGAAUGCUAUGAGUAAUGCAACGGAUAAUGCAGUGGAGUUGAAGAAGACUCUUUCAAUUGCCUACAAUCGGGAGAGACAAGCAAAAAUUACCGGUGAGUUAUUGGAGAUUGUUGCAGGAGCUGAGGCACUAAAACAGCUUGAUUGACUGUCAAGCUUGUAACGAAUAUCGCCAUCUUGAUAGACAGUUUCUCUUGUAAUGAUAUCUUGAGUUGUUAUACACAUUGAGAUCUAGAAUAUGGAAUUAAGUUGGAAGUCGUUACAUUUGAUCUUCUAC